CUUUUAGAGAUUAUAUACCCCCCAGAGAUCUUAUGCCAUGCCCCAACCCUGAUACCAAGUGCUGGGCAUGAACUCUGAGGGGAGGGAGUAGCAUACAUUCCCACAGAGACCACUCUAUGUGCCAUCUUUGGCAUGUAUGCUAUAGGUUUGCCAUCACUGGUCUAAGGCAAUUCCAAAGGAGCCAUGAUGGAAAAUGCUACUCACUUCCAGAAAGAGACCAUACGAACUCUCAAGAAUGGAUUGAAACAUACUUUUAAAACUUUAUUUUUCUUGCUUUUUGUUUUGUAUUGUUUUGCAACAUGGCUAAUAUGGAAAUAUGUUUUGCAUGCCCUCACAUUAAUUUUAUUUAACCCUUACCUUCUGUCUUAGAAUUGAUAGACAUAUCGGUUCCAAGGAAGAAGAGCAGUAAGGGCUUGGCAAUUGGGAUUAAGUGACUUACCCAGGGUGGCACAGUUAGGAAGUAUCAGGUCAUAUUUGAGCUGAGGUCCUCCUGAUUCUAGGCCUGGUGCUCCUAGCUCUAUGCUACCUAGCUGCCCCUAUGUAUUCUUGAUAUCAUAUUUCUUUCCUUCCAAUGAGAGGGAGAAGGGCUAGAGGGUGAGAAUCUGGAACUCAAAAUGUAAGAAAAAGAAUUUUAAAAAUAAAUAAAGUUGUUAAAUGUUUAUUAUGUGCUAAGCACUCAGAAUACAGAUACAAAAGAAGAGACAAUACAUGCCUUCAAAGUGUUCAUACUCUCACAAAGAAAGACAAGAGCACAAAAUGGGGAGGCAAGGACAGUUUUGAAUGAUAAAAUGUAUUGUUAUUAAUAUUUGGUGAUAUGGUAAUACUUGUAAACCUUAAAAUUUCUUAGACUUAUGAAUGAUGGAAAUUUCCCCAUUUCCGACAUUAGGUAGGGAGGGUCCUUCCCCUCCCUACCUAAGACUACUUUAGGACAGAAACCUUUUGCUAAAUAAUGGAAAGGGCUUUGACCUAUGCUUAAGCAUAGAACAGGAAGUUCUUUGAGUCAUGAUUGAUUUUAGAAUUGAUACAAUAGAGAUACUUGGAAUGACAGAACCAGGUCUUGGAACUUCCAAUCUCCACCCUACUCAGGGUAACAGGAUUUAGGAAGGGCUGUAGCAAAGGAUCAAGAUUUAAUUAUUUGAGAAUAUGACCUUCAACAGACAUGUGCAAAUCCACAGACCUCUGGACGGUCCUGGGUUAAGCUAGAGCCACCAUUGGCACAGGGAAGACAUGGACAGUGAUUGGUAGAUGUGAGAACUGAGGGGAGGGAACUGGGAUGGUUUCCUUAAAGAUAGCGGGGUCUGAGGACUAGGGUGGUUCGAGAGGUUUUGCUCUGAGAGGUGAUGCUCGGAGAAGCUUGCUCUGAAGGAAGCUGGAGGUGGAGGCCCCUGAGACUGUUUCUCCAUUUUGGUCACGUGAGUGAUAGGGACUGAUCUCUUUUCUUUGCCUCAGCUAUCUAAGGGCUUGGGCCUUUUGGCCCAGCCUAAACAGAGGGGGUAUUUAAGCCCUAUUCCCUUCUCUCCCCUUUCUCCCUCUCUCUCUCUCUUUCUCUCUUUUUUUCUUUCUCUCUCUCUCUCUGUCUCUCUCUCUCUAAUACCUUUCUUCCUCCUGUUUGUAAUUAAACUCCAAAAAAAGUUGACUGCUGACUUGAGUUUUCAUUUAGGAAUUACAUAGCUGAAUUCCUUGGCGACCUUAAAUUAAUAUAUAUCAGUCUUUUAAAGUGAUUUCCAUGUCACAUACUUUCAUAUAUAUGCCAAGAAUUGAACUAGGACCUGGGGAUACAGAUAUAAGAGUAGAUGCAGUAAUUGCAGCUUUCAUUUUAAUAUGUCAGAUUAAGAGUGGGAAAAAAAAAGGAGUCAGGGGCCUUAGAGACCAGCUUUGAAUGAAAGCAUUCAUUAUUAUUAAAUAGUUACUAUGUUAUAGCAAGGACUGUGCCAAGAAUUGGAGAUAUAGCUUCAGAAGCAAAGAGAGGACCUUUCCUCUAAUGGAGGAGAUAAUGCACUUGGGGAGCGGUGGCCAGGGAGGGGUAUUUUGGUUUACAAGUUAAAAGGAUGAUGAGUGAGUGGAGUCAUGGAUUGACACACCCUUCCCAGGACUGAGUUGGUUUCAAAACCGGUAAGAGAACUGGUGGGGCUAGUGGAGAGUACCUAGCUUUACUUUAUAUUUACCUUUACACCCACCAUUAAUGUGGCUAUUGAGAAAUCACAAGGAGAAAUGUGAAGCAUCACUAGACCCAUGUAGAUAUCAUGACCUACUUGAGAUACUCACCCUGUUUAGGGAAGGGCUCUGGAGCUGGAGUUCUAGAAUUAAAAUGGUUAAAUCCACCAAGAGAUGGUUAGUGGUUGAAGGGAGCAUGAGGGCUGGGACUUUGUUUCCAAUUUUGUUGAUGGCAGGUCUCAGAUAUCUUAUUUUAUUUUGCUUUUAACUAGCAUUUAUAUAGGAUUUUAAGGUUUGCAAAAUACUACGCAAAUAUUAUUACUUUUGAUCCUAAUAGCAACUCUGGAAGGUUGCUAUCAUUAUGUGAAUUGCUCAGGGUCAUACACAACAAGUGUAUGAAUCAGAGUUGAACUCAAGUCUUCUUGACCUCAAGUCCAACUAUUCCAACUAUUAAUCCACUUCACUCUCAAACUGCCUCUGUUCAUUAGUAUCCUACAUAUGUGCCACAGGGUCUCUUCUGUUACAGAGAAUUAUUGCCUGGUAAAUUCAAUUUAUAUGCCAUAGAAUUUUCUCCUCUAGACCUGUACAUUGAAUACAUGUUGGUUAGGCAAUUUACUUAGGGAGAGUGAACACAAAUAUUGCUAGAUACAGCUAUUGUUUGGGCCAGGUAUUAUGCAUGUAAACCAUUGUGUCUACCUGCAAACUGGCUUUCCAGACUUUCUGCCUCCAAUUAGGGAGGAGUUGCUUUAGGCCCAGUUCCAGGGUCCAGAAGCCUCCAUUCUAAGUCUGUCUACCAAAUAGAGACAUGGUCCACAUCAUAAUAUCAUGAGAAGACUGAAACCUGAGCCUCAGGCUGAGUAAUGAAUGAUAAUGCUAGCAAAUCCCUCCCUGUUCCAAAUGGCAAUUGACUUUAGUUAACUUUCCUCUUUCUAGUUUCUUCUACCCUUCUCCAAAAUGGCCCAAAUGUUUGUCUCCCCCAAAGUUUAUUCCAGAUGGAAACUACUUAAACAUAUAUUCAAUGCCUAGGAAUAGAGGACAUGUACUCCUCAGCUGGAAGUGGACUCUAUAUUGUUCACAUUUUGGGGAAGGUAGGUUUUGGUGGGAGAAAGAAGGAGUUGCUGUGCUUUGGUCCCUUGAACUGCCUGCCCAGUGGCAUUGUGGAAACGUAAGGAGACCUUCCUUGCUCAUUGGAGAUACUACAUUUUGUCCUUAGAGUUUUUGUUGUUGUUGUCGUUUUGGUCUUUGCCUCUCAGUUUACCUUUGGUCCCUAUCUCUGACCCAGACCUUGCUGCUUCUAAUCUUGCCAAACUCCUGAGAAGAGGAACUUUGAAAAGUUCCCGGAAGGUGAGUCUCUUUUGCUCAGGUUCCUCAUCUCUCUUCUUGAAAUAUGGAGAGCCUCCAGGCUCCUGCCCACCUUAUGGUAAUUUCCUUGGGUACAGCUCUGUCUCUGACUGUCUCCCCAGCUUCGCAUGUUCCCAGACUCUUGGAGGGUGGCUCCUCCGCGGUCCCAGGUGAUGGAUUCGCAAGAUGGUCCCUUUCCACCUGUCCCCAUCUCUCCCUCGACCAAAUCAGUCUCUCCUAACCCAAGACAGAGAUGAGAGGUUGGAGGGGUGGGUGGGCCAGAGAGAGGUUACUGAGCCUCGCAACCUGGGUACCGGACUCCGCCCCUCUCCUCCUCACACCUCCUUCAAGCGCCAAUUCCUGGGGCUCCCGAGCAGCUGCUCCGCCCCUACUCCCGCCUCCCGCCCCAUUUCAGACACCUCUCACUUGCCUCUUUCCCCCGCUCCUCUGCUCUCAGCCCUAAUGCCAGUAUCGGUGGCUCACUGGCCAGACACUGCACCUGGACUCCUUGCUCACCCUUUCUCUAUUUUCAAGCAACGUCGGGCCUUGCCUUGUCCUUCCCACGGGCACCACUGUCCCUGCCCCAACUUCUCUUCGCGCUGGUGACCGCUGUCCGCAUAUGGGACAUGGAACCUGAGGGAAGGAGAAGAGUUGCGGAGAACCCGGAUUGCAGCCAACAGUCGGCGAAGGAAACCGAGACACCCGAGUCUCCAGCCUGCAGUGGUAACUGCAGCGAUACUGGACCCGCCGGGGUCAGGGAGGAGGGGAUGCUGAUGCGAGAGCUGGAGGCAUUGGUCCAGGACGUGGUGAAGACUAGUAGUUGGUGGGAGCAGUACGGCCUGGAUUGCUUCAUCAUUGCUCUUAACUUCCUUGCUCUACCUUUAGGAUUCCUGUGUCUUCGAUCUCAGAGUAUCCUGGUCUUUGCCCUGGGGAUCAUCAUCCUGGGAGUGGUGCACCAUACAUUCACAGUCAAGGGUAGCCACCUGGCCAGCCACGGUGCCCUCAGCAAAUCCAAACCCUGGAGCAGAUUUUGGGUGCUCUUCUUUGUGGAAGUAUGCACUUCAUUCACGGCUGAACAAGGCACACAUGGCCAUGUGAAACUACAUCAUGGUUAUACCAAUGUUGUGGGCUUGGGCGAUUCGAGUACGUGGAAGUUGCCAAUCCUGAAUCGAUAUGUCUACAUGUUCUUGGCUCCGUUCAUGAUACCCAUAAUCACCCCUCUGGUGGCACUUGGACUACUGAGGAAGGAAGAGCCCAGGGUAGUUCUUCGGACUUUGUGCCUCAUGUCCCUGGGUCUCUUCUCUCACUACUGGCUGCUGAUCAAAGUCUCUGGCUUCCAGUCAUCUGGGUUUGCUCUUCUCUGCAUGUUUGUGAGCCGGGGCUUGCUGGCUCAUCCCUACCUCCACGUCAACAUCUUCCAGCACAUUGGGCUCCCUAUGUUCUCCUUGGAUAAGAAACCCCAGAGGAUUCACAUGAUGAGUCUUGGGGUUCUCAACCUGCCUCGAAACCCCAUCCUGGACUGGACCUUCGGCCAUUCCAUUAUCAGCUGCCAUGUGGAGCAUCACCUCUUUCCCAGGCUCUCUGACAACAUGUGUCUAAAGGUGAAACCAGUAGUGUCUCAAUUUCUUCGAAGAAACCAGCUGCCAUACAAUGAAGACUCAUACCUGUCACGAUUUGGGCUUUUCUUGAGCCGAUAUGAGGAACUCAUGGUGCAAGCCCCUCCAAUCACUGACAUUGUGGGGCUCCAGUGAGGAUUCUCCCUCACUGAAAAAUCUCCCCAGGCCCCUUAUCCUUCACCAGGGUUCUGACAAAGAUUCUCCUGCUUUGGUUGGGAACAUCCCCAGAGACAUCACCCUAGUGCUAGAACCUAAGCCUGCCUCACUCUGCUCCAUGGAGCUCUAAGUAGACCAAGGGGCUUCACUAGGAUGUGUACUAUGUCUACUUUUUUGCCCUUCCAUCUUGGGGUGGGAGGGGUGGGUACUGGGUAAGGAGGUACAUCCAGACUGUACUUCUCCCAGAGGACAAUUGGAUAUAUACAGUGGAGGACCCAUGGAACAUUUCAAUCUUUUUGGAUUUUCCUGAAUUGGGGAUAGAGUAGGCACCAAGAGGAGUGGUGGCCCAUCCUCCUUUGGGGUUGGUGUACUCUUCUCUAUGGUACUUUAGACAGUCUUCAUCUUAGGACAAAUCAGCUUGAUCCUUUGCCCCCUCUCCUUUUUCUUCCCUUCUACCUCUGAAUGUGAAGCUCUAGUGCUUUUCUGAGAUAUAAGAAGGAAAACAAAGGAUGGUUCAGCAAAGUGGGCUCCCAAGGAUUCCUACAUACAGUAAUCACAGGGGGCCAUUUCAGAGUUGUAAUUGUCAAUGCACUAUGGGAACCCUAAUUUAAGUAAGACAGAAUCAGUUCAAGGUGUUGAUCUAGUAUUUCAUGUGGUUCAGAGUAUCUCUCUAAAAUCUGGGUGGGAUUUGAAGGCAAAGAGGAAUCUGAUUAAGAGCACUUCUUCCAGGGUGGAAAAUAGAGGUAGGAACUCAUAGACAACUUUGAGCAAUUUUGUCUGCUGGGACCAAACACCCUUAUUGACUGGGUUCUAAAAUAGAGCUGACUGCUAUAGAAAUCAGAAAAUGAAAAAGAGUGGAGGAGGAAGUUCCCCUUUGGGGAAAAGACCAGGUCUCUAGCUUGUUGGUCUUUGUUCACCCCUCUUUGUCCAGGUAAAACCAGGGGUAUCUUAGUUUCUUCAAAGAAACCAUCUGCCAUCACCAGAAGAAAAUCUGCCUUUGAAUUGGGACUGUAUAAACAAAAGUUGGGAGGCUGUAAUCUGUUGGGGAGAGAAGGAUUAUGGUAGAAAGAAGUAGCUGGAGAUGGAAGAAAGAUAAGAAAAAGGUUUGGAAUAAGAGAGCUGGAUGGGUAGGAAAGGAUGGAUACUAGCUGCAUGACCCUGGGCAAGUCACUUAACCCUGUUUGCCUCAGUUUUCUCAUAUAUAAAAAUGAGUUCAAAAAGGAAAUGGCAAACUGCUCCAAUAUCUCUGCUAAGAGAACUCCAAAUGGGGUCAUAAAGAAUCAGAAAUUAUUGAAAACCUCCAACUGAAAGAAUUAAAAAUAAGUCAUAGAACAGAGAAAGAGAUCCUAAAGAUAUAUUCAAAUUAAAUUGGGGCUAAGAUUUUUGGGGAAAAAAAACCCUUAAAGAAUUGAGCCUCAGAUUUAGGGAAAUUCUCUCAGCCUUGGAAGAGGAGAAUAUCACUCUCCAAGGUGAUCUUCUCUGGCAUCUUUGAUCUCAGAAAUUUAUCUACAAGAGAUAUUCCACUCCUCUCUUAUGGAUGUAGGAAAGGAGUCAGCCUUUUCAGUCUAAAAUGAAGAUGGGGAAAAAUAAAAUAAAAUAAAAUAAAAUGAAGAUGGGGGAGAUAUUAUUAUUGGGCCAGCAAGUUGGUAAGAUAGAGCCUUAAAGGGGGAUAGGUAUGAGUUCAAACCCUGCCUCUGAUACUAGUCGUGUGAUUCUGGACAAGAUGUUUUGGAGACAAUAAUAGCAACCUGCCUCACUGGGUUGUUAUGAGGAUCAAAUGAAAUAACAUUUGCUAAGCAUUUUACAAAUCUUAAAGCACUAUAUUCUUGUUAAUGGUUACUCAGCUUAGGUUUGUAAAUGCAUCAGCAACCCAGUAAGAGACCUUGAGAAUUGGGAGGUAGGUUAAUUAAACAGUUAAUCCUCCAAAUAAAUAAUGGACAAAAUGAUAGUGGAUAAUAAAUAAUAGAGAAAAGGUCUCAUUUGGAUGGUCCUGAAUAACGAUUAAAACCACCUCGAGAUGUGACCAAUGAUUCCUGGUUAUUGAUUUGGCUCUUUAGAGAAGGGAGGAGGAGGUGGGUGGGUAACAUACCAAAAUCCUUGGUUCCUUAUCUGUUUAUCAAUUCCAUGGGUUUCCCCGUUGGCACCUGGGUGGCUCAAUGGAUAGAGUGCUGGGUCUUAAGUGAGGGAAAACUUGGCUUCAAAUCCCACCUUCAGACACUUUACUAGUAUUGUGUGAACCUGGGCUACACUUCACAUCUCUCUGACUCAGUUUCCUCAAAUGUAAAGUGGGGAUAACAGACAUCUCCAAGAGUUGUUACAAAGAUCAAAGGAAAAAUUUGUAAAAUGCAGGUGCUUAAUAAAUGGGGAAUGGGGAAAGACUGGGAUAAAAAUAACCCCCAUCCAAAAUUACAAUUACAAACCUGGAGUCAGAAAAUGACUAGAAAAAAAUCAAAAGUCAGGAAAAGGGGCACUCUCACCUUCAGUGAGGCAUAGAAGUGCAAACAUCUGGGUGGGAAUACAAACAAUAUAUAGGUUCCUAACCCAAAGUUCCCCACCCUGGCAACCCCCUCCCUUGCCUGGGAGCCAGGACUCACAAUCUAGGCAAGAGGUCUACCCCCCAUCCAGGAAACUGCAAGGUACAGUGAGUGAAAGUGUCAUUUUAACAUUUUUCAAGAGAUAAAGAAGCAUUUGGUCUGUCUGGGUGACUUGAAUUGUCCUUGAAUAAGGGUCUUUCAUCUUUUAUCAGCCUUUCACUUUCCCAGACCUGUCCCUAAAUCUUAUGGGUAAACAGUCAACAAAAAGUCCUUGAAAUUUGAAAGACUACUCUUCCACAUUCCUUUCUCAAUUGGGGGUGUUAACCGAGUGCUCUUGCCUUGCGGAUAUUGGGGGAUGUAAGCCAAAGGUUUUGCUUUGAGAAUCACACACUUUUAUUUCACUCAAUCCCCCAUUUUAUUUUAUUGAGUUGUGUGAUUUCUCAUUCCACUGCUGGAAAAUUGCUUUCCCUUCUUUUCUCAAAUCAAAGCACCCUUCAGUUACCUUCUCUGAGUCACAGACUUUUUGUUUCCUUGGGAUCAUAUGUCUGAGUAGGGGAGUUUUGGAAGAUACUACAUACAUAUUCUCUGUGGUUCUCUGAAUGAGAGUUAUAAGGCUGGGAAUUAAGGGGAGUAUUAAAAUAAAACCUGACUCCAACUAUCAUGGAUAUAAACUUGUCCAGGGGCUCAAGAAAACUGAGUCCAACCAACUGGUCCAGGAGGCAGUAUCUAUCCCUGAGUUUCAGGUUAAUUCUUCUGAAAGGACAGUUAAUCCUUGGAGAGCCUUGGUCACAAACUCAGCCAGGGAGAGGUUAUUGGGAAUGUAAGUGCAACCAGUCCCUCCUAGCAUGACCCAAAUACCACCCUCCUUGGCUAACAUCAUGUCUAAAACGAAUAUAUUUUCCCAUGCCAUUCUACUGGUAGCAUCUAGUUGUUUAGACAAGCCCUUGACUGUGUCCUGAGUGUAAUUUAUGAAUCUCUGUUGGUUAUAAUAAAUGUAAUUUAUCCAGUCCA